GCGCAAGGCGCGAUGCCCGAACGGCCCGAACGGCCCGAACGCAACCUGGCCGGACGCUGCCUCAUGCGUGCAGAACACAGUCAUGAUGGUCCUUUCCACCCGAGGGUCCGCCUUCGAGAUCAUCUCUGAAGAGAUUUCCUUCGUCAAGGAAGUGCGGCCGCCCUAUGGACCAGAAGAGCAGCCUGUGGUAGAUGCGACCAUGCGGGAGAUCAACCAGGUCUUUGCCUACCGCUUGCCUCAGACUGCGCUCUUCUACUCCUUGGCCGGAUCCUCCCUGGGCCUCUUCACCGUCUCCUACUUCACUUCUUUCAUGCUCCUUGAGGACCAGGGGCCCAAACGAGUGGUCGACAUCGGCUUCCUCAUCGCCAAGGGUGUCAACGUCUACAUGGGCCGCACCAUCCCCAUCAUCCUGGCACUGCUUUUCCUGGGAGGCUGGUACGUUAUGGGUACAGCUGGUCCUCGUGCGGUCGCAUGCUUCGCCGUUGGUGCUGCGCUAAACUUGCUGAGUGCCGUGGGCCCAGUGUCCCGUGAGUCCGGGGCAAUGCGAAGUGAUCGCAGCAUCGAACGAGAUGCCAUGGUCUACCAGAGCACCUUGAGCCAGGCGAAAGAACGUAUCCGGGCGGCAUAUGCCCUUCAAGAUGCAGGUGUCGCAGUCUCGUCUGCGGCUGACAUCGGCUGGCAAAAGGAGCUUUGCGCACAGGUCGGGGUCAGCGUCACCGUGCAGGGGCAGACACGCCUGGCCCAUGCGCUUGGCCUGGAACUGUUCGACGCCUUGCAGAUCGGGAUCAGGACUGGCUCGAUUGGAGGACUGCUUGCAACAUCCCUCGCCCUGGGAGGCAUGGCUGGCAUGUGGCUCCUCAUCCAGGACACGCUUUCGUUGUCCGGUUUUGGCUCAGGAGCUUCGAUUGUGUCGUUCUCCAUGCGAGUUGGUGGCGGCAUUUUCUCCAAAGGCGCUGACAUAGGUGCGGAUCUUGUCAGCGACAUGGAGCAGACCCGGAUGGAGGAAGACCAGCGACUCUUCGAGCUGCAGAAGAAGAUGGCGGAGUUGGAUGAAGAUCGCAAGCAGCGAGCGAAGCGAGGGGUCGAAGGAGACGACGAAGAGAUGAUGGCGGACUUGAGACGGAUGGAGGAAGAGAUGCAAGAUAUCGCUUCACAACUGCACCCCAUCGACUACUUCGAUGUAGUUGGAGAGGCCAUCAACGAUGUCUCCGGGACUUGCGCGGAUCUUUUUGAGUCAAUGGUGCUGAUCCUCGGCACUUGCACCAUCAUCGGCGUGAAAGGCAGCCCGGUUCCGUCGUUCAACUCCGGCCUGCCUUUUUGGAUCAUUGCGUCCGGCAAGGUGGGUUGUUCGUUGGUGGCUUACUUUGUUCACGUCCACGAGCGGUUCACGGCGAAGCGUAUGCGGUGGAGCCUGCGAGCCAAUCUUCUCCUCGUCAUCGGCUUGGUUCAGCUCGUGCAAAUCCUCGUGAGCUUCCAGGAGUAUUUGGUGGGGACGAUCUCCUUCGACCGCUUUUGGCACUUUUGUGUUAUAUCGCUAAUGGGCCAGGUGAUCCCCGAGGUUUGCGUUCUUUUGGGUGAAUACUUCACUUCAACCGAUUACGCACCGGUGCGAUCACUGGCUAUGAACGCGGACCUGGGGAUCGUACAAGUCGUCCUUCAAGGUUUCGGGCAGGGCUUCUUCUCGACAGGCCUUCCGGCUGUGGUCAUCAUCACCUGUGUGGUGGCCACGUGGCGGUUGGAGCAACACUACGGCUUGGCCCUCUUGAGCGCUUCCUCUGUCAGUGGAACGGGCUUCCAGGGAGGCAUCGCUUCCUUUGGCGCCAUCGCCACCAAUGCGCACAAGAUCAUCCAUCUCACCACCUACCACGCGAUGAGCCGACAUCGUGCGAAUAUUUGUGCAGCUCUGGGAGACACAACUGCACAUGCCGGAAACACCAUCUCUGCAGUGAACGCCUUCAGUGCUGUCUUCAACAUUGCCUUGACUUUGCUGGCCCAGACAUACACAGAGUUGGACAUCAACUACAUGAAUGUCACGGGAUCCAUUCUCUCGAGCUUCAGUCAAGCCGGGCUCGUCCUAGGCGUGGUGAUGACCUUUGCGUUUGCAGCGAACACCAUGAUCUCCUGUCUCGCCACCGCCCAGGCUUUUGCCAAAUAUGUCACCCAGCACGAUAUCGGCAAGAUCUCGCAGCUGCCCUUCCCCCAGUCGCAUGUUCGACCCUUGAAGAAGCUUGCAUCCUUUGGGACAAUCACGUCCAUGAGGAUGACCAUUUCUCCCAUCAUCAACUCAUUGGCCUGCCCCAUGAUCGGCGGCUUCUUCCUCGGGGUCAAAGGUUUGCUCUUCAUGCUCUCCGGCUCGAACGUGCUGGUGCUUUGCCUGAGCAUCUUCCUGAUCAACUCAGGGCAAUCAUGGGUGGCAGCCAGGAAGUUUGUGCUCUUCGGUCUCCUUCGGGACAAGGAUGGCAAUGUUAUAGGUCCCGACUCUCCUCAUUAUGCCAACCUGGGCAUCGGGGAAACCAUCGGUGGCCCCUUCGAGGAUACGACAGGCCCUGCCAUGAACAAUUUCAUCAAAUUUGUGGCGGUGUUUGCCUUCGUGACCGGCGGUCCUGGCAGGUUGUAUGACGAACUCCCUGACAACACAUGGCCCUAUGGCUUCGCAUCCUUGGUCGGCUCCUUGUCCUUGGUCUUCUUCUCCAGGGUGGGUCUGGACCUGCUACUUCGUGGCGUGGGCUCCGUUCUUCGCAGCCGACGGAAGAUGCAAGCGUACGAGGAGGGUGAGGAGAUGCCCCCGGAGGGCGAGGAUGACGACGACUUCGAUGCUGAUUUUCAUGGAGCGCCGGAGCCCUACAAAGACUUCGACGACUUUUUGCGAAUGCUGCGGCUGAAGAAUGCGCGUGAGAUUGCAAAGCAGAGAUCUGCUCUCGCAUCGACCGAGGGUGUCAGAAUAGACGUGAUUGACGGCUCCAUCGAUCCGUCCUCCGUCACCGCCGACUUGAUGUCCGAAGUGUAUCAGUCGUGCUACCUACCGACACAGCUCAAGCACGGGAACGUGGAUCUUUGCGACGACGAGUACAGGUGUGACCUGAGCGAGGAGUUCUUCAGAAUGCUGGGAGAGCAACUUCCCAACCGGAUGCUUCUGGUGCUGGCGCGCAACACGAAGAAGGGUGACGAGAUCAUGGGUGGCUCGAUGUGCUUUAUCAAAGACGGCCACAUCUUCGGCAGAUACUGGGGGCCGGCUGCCUCAGCGCUGGAAGAGGCUUACAGCUCAGGCCGCAAACUUCCGGAGGAGUGUGAGAAAGUGGCUUUAGUGACCGUGGUUCAGGCACGAGUCGAUGAGGUAGCAGCAGCAGCCGACGGCAUUAGCUAUCCGCGCAGCCAUUACGCCGCUUUGAAAGCGUUGAUGGGCCUUUGCUUCUCAUCGUACACCUUCGAUCACUCGAAGCUGGUCGAGGUCAAUGUCCUCCAGGGCACCUCGACCCUCCAAGACAAGUAUGAGAUACUGAAGCAGAUUGGGACCGGCACGCAGGGGAAGACCUUUCUCGUGAAAGUAAGGGACAAGGAGCGUGAGAACGAGAAAUCUGGAUCAUUUUCCGGAUCUCCAGUCUACGUGGUCAAAGAAACGCACGACAAGAAUGCUGCGGCUUGCGCAGCACUCAAGCACGAGUUCGAGCGAAUGAAAGGUCUACUUCAUCCCAACAUCACCAAGGUCGUCGAGUUGCUGGAGGGACGGGUGCCCGAGGACGGCACUUGGAAGGAGUGCCUCUACGUCGUUUACGAGCAUGCGGUGGGUGGAGACCUCUUCAACUACAUGCAGAGCAUGAUCCGGCACAAUGCCGCGAGCUCUAUCACGGAGGCUUGGGUCGCGCAGGUUUUCCGCCACGUCUUGCUGGGAGUCUCAUAUCUUCACAGCGAGAGAAUCGUGCACAACGACCUGAAGCCGGAGAACCUCUUGUGCAUGAAAGAGUUUGAUCCUGCACAUCCUGAUCAAGUCCCCUGGGUCACCAUCACAGACUUUGGGUGCGCCAAGGUCGAGGCUGACACCGAUUUCUGCUCGGGCGAUCCCAGAUACCAGUCGCCAGAGACAUUCAAGGCCCUCGUUGCCUCGUUGAAAGGCCACACAACACUGGGCUUGGCUGGUGAGAUCAGCUUUCCAGCAGACAUAUGGUCACUCGGGGUCACACUCUUUGAGCUUCUGAGUGGAGGCGUCAUCCCCUUCGUUUACGAAGCAGCUCGACUGGAAGACGUCACUCAUUAUCCCAAUCAGUGGGAGAAGCUGAAGAAGGGUGUGCUGGAAGAGGAGUUGCAGCUUCAACCCCACCUGGAAGGCAUUUCGGAGUCCGCUACGGACUUGCUGAUGCGGAUGCUCCGGAAGGAGCCUGACGGCAGGCCAACUGCUGCCGAGAUGCUGAAGGACACUUGGUUUGAAGCGAGUCCGACCUACGGCCGCAGGAUCAGCAAGCAAGCUCUGUCGAAGUUAGAAUUCAAGAAGAGCAAGGGCAUGGCUCACAUGAUCCUGCUGAACGCACUGGCCACCAAGCUUCAGCGUGACCACUACGCUGAAAGUUGGAAGGUGUUCCAAAAAGUGGAUGCUGACCACAAUGGUAGCAUCUCAAUAGAGGAGUUCCGCGCGGCGUGUACUCAGCUCGACAUGAGUCAAUGGUGUCCAUGCUCACAGGCCUCUCGCAUGGGGGGCCGGCGGACGAGUGUCAGCAUCGUGGCUGACACUCUGUUCGAGAUCGCGGACGUCGACGACGACGGCAGCCUCAAUUUUCCAGAGUUUGUGGCUGUCACGUUCGACUGGUCCUCCUUGGACAAGAAAGCGCUUCAUCAAACGCUGAAGCGCCUCUUCGACCAAAUGGACAAAAACCAUGACCAGAAGGUCAGUUACGAAGAGCUGGCGGGCAUUUUUCAAGGAGCGUUAAGCACAGAGGAGGUGAAAAGGGCGUUCUCCAGGAUUGACCUGCAUGGGACCAACUAUCUCACCUUUGAAGAGCUGGAUACAUUCUUGUUUGGCGCGCUAUCUGCCGAAGACAUGGAGAAAUAUUGCUCGCCGGAGUGCCUGCUCCGCAUGUCUUCCUCCCGGCGGAGUCUUCGCUAUUGGCAAAAUCCGCUCAGUCCUCUAUUUCCUCGAAAUCGCAAAGACAAGGAGUCUGCGCACAUGGCUGCUGCGAACUUGUUUCGGAACCUCGGCACGUGCCUGACAUGUAUAUGUCCCGGGCUUUAA